AUGGCUACUAGACCAUCCCCACAACAAGCUCCACAGACAUACCAGUUCAAACUCGUACUUUUAGGCGAAUCUGCUGUUGGCAAGUCAAGUCUGGUGAUGCGAUUUGUCAAGGACCAUUUCGACGAAUACAGAGAAAGUACUAUUGGAGCUGCAUUUUUGGCACAAACUAUUUCGUUGGAUGACAAUACAACUGUAAAGUUCGAGAUUUGGGACACGGCGGGCCAAGAACGUUACAAGAGUUUGGCUCCCAUGUACUAUCGUAAUGCAAACUGUGCAGUCGUUGUCUAUGAUAUCACACAAGCCUCUUCAUUGGAAAAGGCCAAGGCAUGGGUGAAUGAACUUCAACGUCAAGCCGAUCCCAAUAUUGUCAUUGCUUUGGCUGGUAACAAGUGUGAUUUGGAAAGUCGACGAGCCAUCAAGACGGAGGAGGCACAAGAAUAUGCUGAUGAACUUGGACUUUUGUUUAUGGAGACAUCCGCCAAGACCGCUCAGAACGUUCACGAGCUUUUCACCGCCAUAGCCAAACGCAUGCCGUUGGAUCAACUUGCAGAUAGUACACGUGGCCGGAACCGAGGUUUGAAUGCUCGUGGUGGCGUCGACUUGAACCGACCUGCUAAUCCCAAUGGAUGUGCUUGUUAA